UACUGCCUCGGCGUCAUGGAAAAGAGUCGCGCGAUUGGCGCACGGGAAAUUCGCAGCCCUGAACUCGUGCGGGCGCCCGCUCUUCAGCAUGCCUGCAGUAAAGGAACCGAACCGUCACACAAAAGCAAGAUGGAGGAUCUCACAGUCGAAGUAUGCGGCGAAAACGGAGCGUAUUAUAAGGCCUUUGUCACCGAUGUCUUUGACGACGAAGUUUUGGUAACUUUCGAGAAUGACUGGCAACCCGAGUCCAAAUUUCCAUUUGCUCAAGUCCGUCUACCUCCAAAAGAUGGUUCCAAGGCAGAAUUUCAAGAGAACCAGGAGAUUGAAGUAUUCUCUAGAGCUAAUGAUCAAGAGGCAUGGGGCUGGUGGAAAGCACUUAUCAAGAUGAGUAAAGGAGGUUUUCAAGUAGUCGAAUACUUGGGAUGGGACUACACGUAUACCGAAAUUGUAGCUAGUGAGCGACUGAGAGCUAAAAAUCCAAAUUCCCCUAUUGACAAAAACACAUUUCACAAGAUCGAAAUUGAAGUACCUGAAGAGCUCAGAGAAUUUGCAAAGAUGGACAAUGCGCAUAAGGAAUUUCAAAAGGCGAUAGGGGCGGCAGUGUGCCGAUAUGUGCCUGAACGAGGAGUACUGCUGGCCAUCUCCCGUCAUGAAAAUAUACAUCGUCACAGUAGCAUGCUCCAAGAAAUGCACUUUAGAAACUUAUCGCAAAAGGUUUUGCUAUUGAAGAGAACAGAAGAAGCAGCGCGUCAACUCGAGUCCACUAAACUUCAAACAAUAGGGGGCAAAUUUAGAUCUUCAAACUUUAUAUAUCAGCGUGUCUCAGACUUUGAGGCAGGAGUGAAAACAAAUUCAAGAUAUACCGACGAAUUUAAUGUUCGAGAAGAUCUGAUGGGACUAGCUAUCGGUGCUCAUGGUGCAAAUAUUCAACAAGCGCGAAAAGUUGAUGGCAUUACAAAUAUAGAGUUAGAAGAAAAUUCAUGCACAUUCAAGAUAUAUGGAGAGACGCAUGAAGCUGUUAAGAAAGCUCGAUCUAUGCUGGAAUACAGCGAGGAAUCUAUACAAGUUCCACGGGUGUUGGUAGGGAAAGUAAUUGGGAAAAAUGGUCGCAUUAUUCAAGAGAUUGUCGACAAAAGUGGUGUAAUAACAACUGGCUCGAGUGGGAAUAUACAUAUUGAUAAAGUAAGGGUAAAAAUAGAAGGAGACAACGAACCUCAACCAACGAUUCCGCGAGAAGAGGGUCAGGUGCCCUUCGUCUUUGUUGGUACUGUCGAAAGCAUCGCCAAUGCCAAAGUUCUGUUGGAAUAUCAUUUGGCACAUUUAAAGGAAGUGGAACAACUCCGACAAGAGAAAUUGGAAAUUGACCAACAACUACGAAGCAUGCAUGGAUCGACUACAGGACCGAUGCCCAGCUUUCCCCCCACAAGACGAGGAAUGGUUGCAGGACCUGAAGAGGGUAUCGGCGGUCGUGGUGGUCGCGGUGGCCAAUCUCGAGGACGCGGUUCUCGGGGUAGAGCCCCCGCUAGACACAAUGCCGGAUUACGUAGAGAUACUUUGGACGGCAGUGAGGAUCGUGUUCGAGAUUUACCGCCAAGAGGUGGUCAUCAGGGAGGUGCCGGUAAUUCAGGGUAUAUGAGUGGCAGGCAAGGUCGUCCUCCAACCCAACGUAGAGAUCGUAGAGAUGAACGUCGUCGCACUACCGAUGACGAAGACACUGUUUUAGACAGCCAAGACGUUUCAAGUAUUGAUAGAGAGUCGGUAUCGAGUGUGGAGGGAGGGCCUAAAGGAAUGAGACGAAGACGACUUCGGCGCUCGCGGCAACGAAGCUCAACUCCAACGAGUGCUAGCCAGACAGGCAGUAAUGCCGGCCCGUGCGACCAAUCGACCAUGAACAGCAAGGAAGGAACACCCGCGAACGACGUGUCCAUGUCUAACAACAGUUCGCAGGGACCUAAAGGCCAAAGAGAACAUCGGUCUCGUCCCCCUCGUAUGCAGCAGAGCAAUAAGCCUAAGGAAGCUCUGGUUAACGGUACCAGUGGCUAAGCAACUACGUUGCGUUGUCACCAAUCGCUACGCUAACGUAGCUACGUUACACCUGAUGAGAGCUAUCAACUCCCAGCACGUAACAUGACGCAUACCGACGCAAGGACUACACGAUUAUGGAACGCGACAUGAUUAGUCUACGCUCGUUGUUAAGACUGUUUGCUACCGACAUAAGAAUACGACAGUUGUUUAAGAAAUCGUCAUUCUCCUUAAACACAUUUAAGGACACAUAAUAUUAAUAUCCAUGCAUGGUUUAGUUUAAUGAUGGUGAUUACACUGUCAUGUUUGAUAUACGGAUACAUUCAUUGGGAGAUAGAGGAGUAGCAUUUGGUAAGAAGGAUUCCCUGAUUGUGAAACUGUGCCUCAUUUUUAUACCAAGCUCCUAACUUAUGUGGCAGUGCUUUGGAUGUCUCGUACACCGUACGGUACACCUUGGUCACUCGUUUAACGAUCCAAUAUUAGGCUGGAUAAUCGCGGCUCGUACGUCAAUUAUCGCGUGUGGAUAGGUUUUUCAUCUAGGUAUGUCGCUCAGUACUUACGGAUACGGACACAAUUCGGUGCUCGCAGUGUCAUUCCGAUAUCGAGUUUAUUCAGUUUAUGCUUGAUAGCCAAAUCAGAUUCCGUAUUGAAAUACACACCUCGUGUUGCCUCGAUACCUUAUUACUUUAUUACUCGACUCGAUACUACUACGUAACCUCGUUAAUAUCGGAGAUAAUUAUGAAAACCGAGACAAAUGCGACAUAACUAAGAUGCAACUCGAUGCGGUACAAGGAAAAUGGAUUUUCCGUUGUUAAUCGUAACAAUGGUAGGGGCGGCGGCAGCUCCAAGAAAUUCUGGUUCAAAGGUGUUCCCAAUGAUGUUCCUUUCUAUUUACUUGAGGAAAUUGAGUUUUUCAUUUACAAUUAUUAGUAGAGUUGUUUAACAACACUAGAUUUUUACGUUUCAAAGCUGAGUGUUGAUUAAUAGCAACAUGAUGAUUGCGAAAAUGACUUGUUCGAAUCUAACACGGUCAGAUGUGCACAAGGAGUCGGUUUUUUUUUUUAUUUCCGAAUACACUUUUCACGUAAUUUAGCGUCUUUCCUUUUCUUUUAAUUUCCUCUGUUUUCUUUUCUUCCUUUUUUUUCUUCUUUUUUUUUACUUUUACUACAGUCUAAGCAUACUAUAUCAAACUUUAGGAUUCGAUAUCGAGUUUGUUUCUGCAUUGUUUCGCAUGAUUUAAAAAGAAAGUAAACGUAUACUUAGUAAUACCAAUGUAUGAUGUGCCAGAGAGAAGGAAUGAUACAUGUUUUAUGAUAUCUAGCUAAAGUGCAGACUUAGCGCAUACCUUUAUUACUAUAAUACUACUUAGUCGAAAUGUGGAUGUCUGAACAAAUAAACUAGCUUUACUAUACUAAGCUAUAAAAUAGAUAUGAUCAAUUGUUUUAAAUUGAUUAUCAACAUUAUUAAAAAUCAGUUAUCAAUUUAAAACAGUUGUUUCUUCUUCCGGAUAUGACAACAACUAAUCGGACGUGUCUCAUGAAUUUUGCAAAAACACAUGGCGGUUGAUGCAAUAUAUCGACACCUAACAAAACAGCUGUCAUUUUAUCUGAAUAUUCUUAUGACAGCCAAAAACUGAGAUAUCCCCCAACUUGCUUGUUUCAGAUACAUUUGUAUUGAUUGCAAUUUGUGCAUAAUUUAAGAAUAAAACAUUUCUGUACAUAGA